AUGACAACGGUUCUCUUUCCUUUUCUCUCUCUUUCCUUGUCUCUCCUAUCUCUUUUUUCUCUCUCUUUUCUCUUUCUUUCCAUUUCUCUUUCUUUUCUUUUAAUUCUCUUCUCUUUUCUCUCUCAUUCCUUUUCACUCUCUUUUCUCUCUCUUUCCUUUUCUCUCUCUUUCUUUGUCUCUCCUAUCUCUUUUUUCUCUCUCUUUCCUUUUCUCUCUCUUUCCUUUUCUCUUUCUUUCCCUUUUCUCUCUUUUCCUUUGCCUCGUUUCUUUUCUCUCUCUUUUCUCUCUCUUUCAUUUUCUCUCUCAUUUCCUUUUUCUCUCUUUUUCUCUUUUCUUUUCUUUUCUCUCUCUUUUCCUUUCUCUCUCUUUUCCUUUCUCUCUCUUUUCUUUUCUCCCUCUUUUCUUUUCUCUCUCUUUUCUCUCUCUUUCCCUUUUCUCUCUCUUUCCCUUUUCUCUUUCUUUCCCUUUUCUCUCUUUUCCUUUGUCUCGUUUCUUUUCUCUCUCUUUCAUUUUCUUUCUCUUUUCCUUUCUCUCUCCUUUUCUCUUUUCUUUUCUUUUCUCUCUCUUUCCUUUUCUCUCUCUUUUCCUUUCUCUCUCUUUUCUUUACUCUCUCUUUUCUUUUCUCACUCUUUCUUUUUCUCUCUAUUUCCUUUUCCUUAUCUUCUCUUUUCUCUUCCUUUCUUUUUCUCUCUCUUUUCUGUUCUCUCUCUUUUCUUUUCCUUUUCUCUCUCUCUCUCUUUUUCUCUUUCCUUCUGUUCUUACCCUUUCUCCUGUAACUUCUUUUUUUUUUCUCUCCUUUAA